AUUCUGUUGGUUUUCCUUAGCUAUUUGCAUAGUAGAGCUUCUCAUUUGCAUCAAGUUUGGACAUGGAAAGAGGAAUCAACAUGCUUUUUGUGCUGGGUGGGAACGGAACUCAUGCUGGGGCAAAUGUAAUUCACAAAGAGUGCUGUAGAAGAGGGGUAAAGGUGGCUGUUGUUGGGGUCCCCAAAACUAUAGACAAUGAUAUUUUGCUGAUGGACAAAACUUUUGGGUUUGACACUGCUGUUGAGGAAGCACAACGAGCCAUUAAUUCAGCUUACAUCGAGGCACAUAGUGCAUACCAUGGUAUAGGAAUUGUAAAGUUGAUGGGUCAUAGCAGUGGAUUUAUUGCUAUGCAUGCAUCCCUGGCUAGUGGAAAAAUCGAUAUAUGCUUGAUACCAGAGGUACCUUUCCAUUUACAUGGUCCUCAUGGUGUUUUGCGGCAUCUGAAAUACCUCAUUGAGACAAAAGGAUCAGCAGUGGUCUGUGUUGCUGAGGGAUCAGGGCAGAAACUGUGAAGCUAUAUGAAACAGUUGGAAUGGGAAAUGGAGAGAACGAGCCAAAGCAAGAGUGAGAGUUGGAGGAUGUUAUAGUAGACAAUACUCUCCAAGUUUCUUGUUAUAGUAACUUUUCAAUAUGUUGAAUAUUUAAGAAUACUUGAAUACUUAAAGAACAUUUUGUUGUUGA